AUGUUGUGGAUUUGGACUUUGCUGGCUACGACGGUAGCGGCCAGUAUGGAUGAGCUGGUCGGGACAUGGACAACCAAGUCUCGGAACGUUUUCACAGGACCAGGCUUCUAUGAUCCACUUCAAGACCGACUUCUCGAGCCUAAUCUAACGGGCAUUUCAUACUCGUUUUCCGCCGACGGAUACUAUGAAGAGGCUCUAUAUCGAGCCCUAGCCAAUCCUGCCGACCCGUCAUGUCCGUCCGGAAUUAUGCAGUGGCAACACGGUUCAUAUGAACUGCUAGCCAAUGGCUCCCUCAUUUUGACACCGAUUGCAGUUGAUGGGCGCCAGUUGCUCUCGGAACCAUGCAGACAGGGCAUCGGCAGUUAUACACGAUACAACAACACCGAGCAUUUCAAGGGAUACUCUGUUCAAGUCGAUGAUUUCCACGGUAUUCAACGCCUCGAUUUAACCCAAGCCGAUGGCAAGAUCAUGCAGCCCAUGUAUCUCACCUACAACCCGCCCAAGAUGCUUCCUACCUCGACUUUGAACCCGAUGCCUAGGGGUUCUCGCAAGAAGCGUGAUAUAUCUGGGUCAAACUUCCAUCUGGUCAUUAAAGAAGAGCUCAUCAACCCGGAUCGAUGGUGGUGGUUUGGCGUUUUGAUGACAUCUCUGGGAGGAGUGGCGUUUUUCUGCUCGUAA